AUGGGCAUCGACUUCACCGUAUUCAAAGGCUCCGCGACUGGAGACAUCGUCGAGAGCAAGGGCCACCGCGACCCAGCGCCCAGGGAGGUCAUCGUCAAGAUCUCCCACUGCGGCGUCUGCGGUACCGAUGAGCACUACCGCCACGCCGACAUGGGGCUCGGGCAUGAAGGUGUUGGUAUCAUCACCGAGGUCGGGUCUGCCGUUCACGAUAUUUCCGACCUCCGAGUUGGUGACCGUGUGGGAAUGGGCUGGUUCCACAAGUUCUGUGGUUACUGCAAGGCAUGCUUGACGGGUCGUCAGGACCACUGCUCCAACAGCACAAGUUUUGGCACCGCAGAUCAUGAUCAAGGAUGUUUCGGCACUGGCGUUGCCUGGGACGUGUCCACCCUCGCCAAGAUCCCGAAGGAGAUUGCUUCUGAAGAUGCUGGGCCUCUCAUGUGCGGAGGCAUUACUGUGUGGAAUCCCCUCUACAAUUACGGCCUGAGAGCUGGUGAUCGUGUCGGAGUCGUCGGCGUUGGUGGGCUUGGCCACAUGGCCAUCCAAUUUGCCCACAAAAUGGGAAUGGAGGUAGUUGUCUUCUCGAGUACGGAUUCGAAGAAGCAGCAGGCUCUUGACUUUGGCGCAGCUGAGUUUGUGACUACCAGCGGAAAGGAGAAGCUCGACGACAUCGCCAAGUUGGACGCCCUUCUAAUUACCACCAGUGCCAACCCAGACCUGUCUCUGUUCCUGCCUGUCAUGACCCCGGGCGCAAAAGUCUUCCCUUUGACCGUUAGCCCCGAGUCGCUGCAGCUUUCGCCGUUGUCAUUGAUCAUCAGCCGUGUUGUUAUCGUUGGAUCGGGUGUGGGACCAGCGGCAAGCAUUCAAGACAUGCUGGCUUUUGCGGCUAAAAGUGGUGUCAGGCCUCAGAUUGAGAAGUUCCCUAUGACCCAAGCCGGCAUCGUCGAAGCGAUGCAGAGGCUGAGAGAUGGAAAGAUGAGAUAUCGUGGGGUGCUUGUUGCACCAUGA